UUAGAUAAAAUGUUCGCAUUGGCUAAGAGUCUGUUAGUGGUGUGUGCUGCUGUGACAGCCAGCGCCAUCGAGUUGGGCCCUCAAGACAUAGUAUUUCAUGUAUUUACCAGGCAAAACCCCACUUUGAGUGAGCCGCUCCUACCAACUGUCGGCUCUAUCUCCAGCACUGAGUACUUCUCCACCUCCAGACCUACCGUCAUCACCAUCCACAACUUCGGAGAAGAUGCUACUGGCAACUUCAAUGCUUUCCUCAUUCCCGCGCACCUCUCAUCUGAGGAUGUGAACGUGAUCGCCGUGGACUGGAGCCGUGGUUCUGCGUUGUACUCGCAAGGUCUGAGUAACUCACGGCAAGUGGGUAAAGUCAUCGCGGACUUCAUCAACAUCCUGAUCUCCCCCUUCGGCUACGACCCAAGCCUGAUCCGAAUCGUCGGCGUCGGCCUUGGUGGCCACAUCACUGGUAUUGCUGCUAGACAAGUCAAUGGUGAAAUUCCUCACAUCAUCGCCCUCGACCCCUCACUCAUCGGAUGGUCUCAUCACCCAGACAAGCUGAACGCAGACGACGCCCCUGUCGUGGAGGUGGUUCACGCCACCUCCGGCACCAUGGGCUAUGACUACCCUCUCGGAGACCUGGACUUCUACCCCAACGGCGGCAACAACCAAGUCCAUUGUGGCACUGACGACUCUUGCUCUCACAUCUUCUCAUACGCCUUCUAUGCUGAGUCUCUGACUGCUGAAGUCAAUGGCGGUAACAAGUUCGUGGGCACCAAAUGCGAGGACUACGAACAAGCUAGGGCCCUACAUUGCGACGGGGACAGAGACGCCACCUUUGGAGGCACUGAAACUAAGACCACCGAGGCUGGUAUCUACACUUUCAUCACCAAUAUCACUCCGCCAUUCGCAAGAGGUUGAAAUUGAUAACUGAAGGGCUACAAUAUAAAUAUGUUUAGUAAAUAUAUUAUUCAAUUAAAAUUCGUGUUUAAAUCAUUUCCCACUUAAUAUUUUUAUAUUUAAAUUUAUAAAUAAAAUUAUUUGAUGAUUAA